GUAUAUUUUCUAAAUCAUUUCCAAUUUCCAAUAUGUAUUUUGGUUUUUUAUUUUAAGUUUGUGACUAACGCUUUUUCAAUUGUAGGCGACAUUGGGUGUUAGUUGUAAUAUGUUUGUUUGAAAACAAAGUGUAUUUUCUAAACUCAAUCAAGUCGACCGGAGGGCAUAAGAAACGGAAGGUCUUGGCGGUUACUUUGGGAACGACAUAUGCCUCAGCUUAAGGCUCGACCGGAUUGGGUUGAUGUUCCCGGAGUACCCCAACAAGAUGGGAACGUUGAGUGUGGUUAUUAUACAAUGCGAUUUUGUUGGCUCAUCGUCAAUAUGUGUGCACAAUGUUCAGUACCGUUAUCCGAGGUAUUUCAGUCUACUAUGCCUUAUACUAGAGCUGAGUUAGAUGAGAUUAGAGAGUUUUGGGCGAGGGGUUUUCUCGAUGAACUUGUAUAAGUCCCAUUUGUGUUGUAUAGCAUAAUUAAAUUUUUUCCAAUUUCUUCCGGUUCCUUCCAGUUUCUUCCAAUUUCUUCGAACAUCCAGCUCUUUUUUUCCAGUUCUAAAGAACAGGCCCUUAGUAAAGGUUCUUGUCUAAAGUAUGGCUACUACAAAAUCGGGCUUUAGCAUCAUUUUUUUUCUUUUUUCUCUUUCCAGUUUUCCAGGCUUGAAUUGUCCUGUCCACGGAUGAAGUUAUGAUGUAGAUGUCUUUACUCUUUUGGAUGAUAACUUACACUGGUUACCUGAAAAAAAUAAAAAUCAGGGAUCACAAUCAAACAAAUCAUAAGAAGAGGUAAAUUUUGAGUCCUAAACAAAUGCAAUUAUAACUACACAAGGCAGUAUCAUUGGGCAUAGGAAUAAAACCAAGGGCAAACAGUUAUCCACACUUGGUAUUACGUUGCAAUCAGAGAAAAUAAAUUGCAGAGAUACCA